AGCCGAACGCAUCAUAGAAAUCGCCGGCCCAAGUUGCCAAAUAGCCGAACGCAUCAUAGAAAUCGCCGGCCCAAGUUGCCAAAUAGCCGAACGCAUCAUAGAAAUCGCCGGCCCAAGUUGCCAAAUAGCCGAACGCAUCAUAGAAAUCGCCGGGCCAAGUUGCCAAAUAGCCGAACGCAUCAUAGAAAUCGCCGGCCCAAGUUGCCAAAUAGCCGAACGCAUCAUAGAAAUCGCCGGCCCAAGUCGCCA